CGUUUUUGUCGCUCAGUUGUUGCUGUGCGCGCUCCCACGUUUGAGGCUAACGGACAAAACAAAACGCUGCUUGUGUGAGUGCGACCACAACAACAGUAGCAACAACAGCAUGUGGCACAAAUAACGGAACUGCAAAGUAUCAACAGCAAGAGAAACAGAAAGAAAGCCAGAUAGGAAAACAAAACAAAGGGCAGGAACAAAUCACACACGAGGGCCAAAAACGUAGGAAAGCGGACAUAAAACGGAGGCUGCGACAAGAAGAAGGAGGCGAAAAAUCGGAGAAAAUAACGGAGAGGCGCACACACUCCCCGCAUCUCCUCCCCCCAGCCCCAUAGGACAUUUGGCGCCAGCCCGAGCAGCGACUGCGACCGCGGCGUCGACGGAGGCAGCGCCAGCGGCAGCGGUUGAGAAAGAUGUUGCUCCGUCCCUCUCCCACGCACACGAACGCGCUGCAGUGUCUCCUGCUCUCCUUCUUCCUCCUUUUGGCGCUGCUGCCAGCGAACGUGUCUGCCAGAUUUUGUGAGGGCUGCACUCAGGGCUGUUGCACCCAGGGCUGCUGUCCGCCGUACCAGGGCGGGCCACGCCCCCUUCCGCCCUCCUCGGACUCGCAUGUUCUCAAUCUGUUCUUCGCCACCCACUGGUUUUUCUGGUGCGUGGUUGUGGCCAUCAUUUUGGCCAUCUUGUGUGCCUACUCGCUAUGGAAGAAACGGAGGACACUGUGCGGCUGGGGAUUCAACGAGCACCACACCCAAUCCGAGGGCGAUUCCGCCGGUUCCUGCUAUGCUCCUCCACAAUAUAGUCGCUGCAACUCGUUUCACCAUCCGCCGCCACCCUACACGGAGGUGACCUCCAAACCGGAUCUGUAUCCGCUCGUCUUCACCUGCAACACCGAUUCGGGCAAUGGCAAGGGUAACGGCAGCUCCAGCUACCUGAUGGUGCAGUACUUCCGGAACUACAUCGUCCGUCCGGCUGCCGGGGGAUCCCUGAGUGCGGCCAGCACCGUCGACUCCCUCAGCUCCAGCUUCAUUUGCAAUGCCAAUGAGGCGAAUACCCUGGUGCCACCACCAUAUUCCCGGGCAGCCAGUCCGGAGUUGGGACUGCAUCAUUAUGUCGCCCAUGCCCAUGCACAUGCCAAUGCCAAUGGGAAUGCCCACGGACACGGGAAUAGCCAUCUGAGAUCCGUGGAUCAGGCGGCACCGCACCAGGUGCCAAAUGCUCCGCUGGCAUCUGUGCACUACGCCAUGCCCAGAUCGGCAUCCCAACUGGUGGAGACGGAUGCCUAUCAGCCCAGACUGAUGCCCGCCCAGACGCAGGCCCAGCACUAUGCCACCGUGGCACUGGGCAGUGCUCCCGGCGGAGCAGCGCUCUACAGCACGCGGCUGCAUGCCUCCCACGAGGAGGGUGUGGGCGUGGGCGUUGGUGUGGGCUACCUCCAGUCCCAGAGUGAUCAGCACUUCCGGUACAUGGCGAAUAGCAGCAGCAGUCUCAGCGACAUCUUUGUGAACAAUAGCUGUGUGGCAGGAAUGCUACCCGAAAGCGGAGGAGCUGGCGGUGCCUUUCAGGGUGCGGAAAGUGGAUCGGCCACACAGGCCGCCUCCCUGAGCAGCCUGGCAAUGGGCGGCUUGGGAGGAUCGGUAACGGGUGCCACGGGCGCAUCGGCCGGAUCUGGCACACCGGUGAUAUACAGCAAUGGCUGCAUCCAACCCAACCCGCUGCACAGUCUGGAGAACUGCUGCCAGCCAUCAGCUCAGGUGUCCGGCGUGAGUAGUCUGGCGAAUAUUGGAACACCGGGCUCGCCGCCCCAGGCCACCAGUCCGACGGGCGAGGUGCGCGAGAUUCUCGACCAGAUCCGCCAGCUGCAGGCGGGCGUUAGCUACGAACAGCUACUGCUGAGCGGAACUGGAGCCAAGCCCCGGCUGCAGCACACGCUAUCGACGCCCUCGAACUCCCAGCAGGUGUUGCAGCCCAUCCUAACCACAUCCGCAUCCAUUUCCGGCGUCACCAGCGGGCGGAGUAAAAAGUUCUUCACCUCCUCCGGCAGCAAAACGCAACCCAACAAGGCUCUGUACAUACCCAUGGCGGCCAUCGGGGGAUCCGGGUCAGGUGCACAGCGCUGUGUGCUCAAGAGUCCGGUGAGCAGCGUGGUCAGCGGCGCCAGCUUCUUUGUGAACCGGGGACGAGUGGCUCGCAAGGGUUGGAUCACCCGAUCGGCACCCACAACGCCGGGCAGUGCCCUGCCCCCCAAUCGCCUGGGGGACGAUAGUCCGCUGCUGCUCAACGAGCACGAUGAGGAUGCCAUUGACGAUGAUGAAGAUGAGGAGGAGGAGGAGGAGGUGGACGAUCGUGGACGGGAUCACCAGGACCGCCAGCGGGGUCAGGAGGAUACCGACAGCGAAACGGAGGCGGAGGCCAGGAACCAUCGUCGCCAGCAUCGCCACCAUCGUGGUCAUCGUGGCCAUCGGCGCGGACAACUUGAAUAAUAGUGGGCGUGGUCGUUGGAAUCGCCAGUGUCAUUUAGUAGUUGUUGUUGUAGCUCAAGGUUCUCCUUUAGAAAUAAGCUUUUAAACGAAAGUGGAGAAAUGUUUGGGAGCCGGAGGCACGCUUCUUAGUCUGAAGAAUCCUGAAGAGAAGAAAUGGCAGAAGAUAGGAUGGUUAAAUCUAAGUUCCGUUUGUAGUACUUUUGUAGGGUAUUAAGGAGUUCCGUAAGAUUUAUAUUGCGCGAUACACUUGAUCACUGUGGAAGAAAUCAAACUUCUGGUCAUUUGAAUAAUAUGUGUCAUUAUUGUGUUUUUUUUUACAAGGCAGGGAACCAUGAACAAAAACGAGACUUUAUUUAUCUUUUUUAAAUCUGUUCAUGAUUGCCCUGCCAAAAGUUUCAAACGCUAGUCUUUGAAAAAAUAAACCUAUUU